AUGGCACCGACAGUAAUAACCCCCAGCACUCUGCGGAGCCUCGACAUCCCGCGGUCCCCCAACGCGGCGAUGCUCCUCGCCGCGAAGCGAGCCCUGUCCGAGGCCGGCCCCGACGCCCUGCGCACGGCAGCCCACGGGCUCCUCCUCCGCCGCGCCUCGCUGUCGGUCACGGCGGACGCCCAGAAGAUCACGCUCGGCGUCAUCGCCGCCUACGUGGUGGUCAUCGCCAUCUUGUGGAACAUCCCCUACGUGCGCUACGUGCUCUGGCCCUUCAAGAUGCUGGUCAUCGCCUUCCACGAAUUUGGACACGCAUUUGCGUGCAAGCUCACCGGCGGCAAGGUCGAGUCUAUCAGCCUCGACCCGCGCGAGGGCGGCGUCACGCACAUGCGGGGCGGCAAGGGCGCCGUGACCCUGCCGGCCGGAUACCUGGGCAGCUCGCUGAUCGGGGCGCUGCUGACGUUCUGCGGGUUCAACAUCGUCGCGUCCAAGGUUGCCAGCUUCGUGGUCGGGGCCGCGUUCCUGCUGAUCAUCUGGUGGGGACGGAGGGACUAUCUGACGAUCGGCACGGUGCUGGCGGCCAUCGGCCUGUUGAUCGGAUGCUGGUUCAUUGCCGAGGCUGAGGCCCUGCGAUAUGUCAUUCUCUUCAUCGGAGUCAUGUCAUCGCUCUAUAGCGCUUGGGAUAUUUGCGACGAUCUGAUCUUCCGGAAGGUCAAUAGUUCCGACGCAACGCAGUUUGCCAAGCGGUAUGGAGGGUCUUCCCAGUGCUGGGGCGUUGUGUGGUCCAUCAUCUCGCUGUGCUUCAUGGUUGCCGGCAUACUUGCCGGUAUUGCCGCCUUCCCACAGACGCUCGCAGAGCAGAGGGAGGACUCGGACGACUUCAUCUCGACGUAA